CUAAAUUUAGAGUGAUCCUGUAUUAGUAGGGGUUUUUUUUCAAGUUCGACUAGAUAUGUCAAGACAAAUAACUUCUGUUAAUCUCACCAGUGGAUGAGCACCUUGUGGUCAGGACAUUAAGGUUGCUGAUUGGUAAUUUACCAGAAUGUCCAUUUCUCACAAUCUAGGAAUCAAACACUGCAGUGAAGUAACUGUAAUCAUUAACCUACUUAACAUCGGAUACAUCCAAUGACAUCAAGAGUUUAUUAUGGUCUUGUGUUUUAUAUCAACAAACAAGUGUAUUGAUAAUACUCAUACAUGUGCGUCCUGAUUAUCCAUAAACAAGUGUGUACUGAUAAUAAACAAACAAGUGUGUACUGAUAAUAAACAAACAAGUGUGUACUGAUAAGAAACAAACAAGUGUGUACUGAUAAGAAACAAACAAGUGUGUACUGACAAUAAACAAACAAGUGUGUACUGACAAUAAACAAACAAACGUGUACUGACAAUAAACAACCAGUGUGUCAGUAAAAAAUGUGUAAUCAUAAUUAACAAUACAUGUGUAAACAUAAUCAACAAACACUGGUGUAUAGUGAUGUGUAUAUCGUAAUCAGUCAUUUUAUCGACACUUUUACUAUAUAUCACAUCACACAAUUUCUCUAAUAGUAAUAGGCUGCAAUAGGCUGAUUUAGCUCUUACAUAAUGCAUCUUUAAAUUUUGGCUGAUGAAAUAAACAAUAGAGUGGUUAAUUGUUUAGCUUUUGUUGUGAUACAACAAUCACGAUUUUAUGUUACAGAUUGAAAAGGGCUUGUGAGUAAAACGAUGUAUGGGCUUUCGAAGAGCUGUAAGUGAAAAAAGACAAUAUAAACUUGUCUGCGAUAUCACCUCAGUGGAAGCGAACGUAAAAUACAACUAACUCACACAUAAACUUGACAUGAGAUACGACUGACUUAAAAUUGACUGCCCUUCUGUGGUAUCUGUAUGAAUGUGGCAAUAAAUCUAAUGAGUUGACUAAAAAUGAAAAGAAAAACCCCAAAAGAUCUCUGUCAAUGAGCAGUGUGUCUAGUUGCUGUUAGAAGCUGGUCCUGAUGUCAAAUGAGAAGGCAGAUAUAACUACAGUAGAAUCUGCAUUAAGCAGCCACCCAAGGGAAUUUUCACAACUGACGGCUUAACGGGAGUGGCCUCUUAAUAAAAUCUCGUUGCUUUUUGUGCCGACAUAAAUUAAAUAUUACGCUUGGAUGCAUUGGAAGCGGUAAAUUUGGCCGUCGCUGAAUCUUGCGCCGGACGAAAAUUCUUUACUCAAAUCUCGGACAUAACUUCUGUAAACUUGUCAUUUUGUACCAACCUUCGAUACUACUGUCUACCAUUGUGAUGCAUUCGAUAAUAUUUAUCCAUUUUUGUGAAGAAAAUCGAUGAAUUCAUUUUAUUUUAUCAAAAAAGCACAUGAACAAAAAACAUCGCUAAUUUUAUCACCUAUUUACAGGGGGUGUAACUCUGUAUGUAAUAUAGGAGGCGCUAAGAGAGAUACUAGUUGAUCGUGACAAAACUCGGUACUUUUAUUUUAUUCAAUCAGUAUCAAACAAUGUGUCGUUACGCGUGAAAACAAUGAUCAGGUUAGUCGUUUAAUAAAACAAAAGAUUAAUUAACAGAUAAUCCCGGGUUGAUUGUUAUGUUUACGUUUCUUUUUACCUGAUCAGUGGGGGUCCAGUUAAUUAACUACUACUCACGGGAUUAGCGGGGGUGUUACAAAGAACGACAAUUAAGAUGGUAUCAUUCAACAAUGGCCGUUGAAUGGGCGAUGUUUUGUUGAAUUUAUUAGUAAAAUAGUGACCGCUGGCCGCGUUAGAGGAGUGACCGUUGAAUAAAGAGAUGAAACAACAGAAUUUCUACGGGGGGAAUUUAUCGUGACCGCUUACAAGGAGAUGUCGCUGAAUAGGAGUGGCUGCUCAUACAGAUUCUACUGUAUAUCAUAAAUUGAGCUAAUAUUUCUGUCAGAUAAUGAAGCUCAUCUUCCAACAUACCAUUAUCGAUUAAAUAUAUUUUUUCACUAUUAAGUAAACUGUAAAGACUAAGUUGAGACUGAUAAUUUAAUGAAAGCUGAAAGAGAUGAAGGUCUCGAUAUGUGUGUCAAAAAUAUUAUUAAAGCUGGAUUUAAUAUUGAUGUACAAGAUAUGGAUUGUGCAGCUCUUGUGAUUGCUGUGGAGAAUCAUAGUAAAACAGUAUAACAUUAUUCUUAAAAGAUUCCAACAAACAAGUGGGCUGAAAAUAUUAAGUUGUUGCAAUAUUGAAGUUGUUAGUAAAGCCAGAAAUGAAUGGAAAUUUUUUAUUACACCAAGCCAUAUCAGUACUGCAGGAACAUAAUUUAAUAGCAGAAGAUGUGGAGACGGUUGAUAAUCUGAUUGAAGAAAGAAUAGGUAUCAAUGAAAUAGAUGAAUAUGGAAGAACACCACUGAUGAUGGUUCUAAAGCUGAUAGGAUUUCUAUAUGCAGAAGAACCAUAUAGUAAAGAAUAUGUAAAUGAAGUCAAGCGCUUAACAAAGUCAUUGUUAAAUGCAGGUGCUGACCCAUCUGUUAGAUCUAAAAUCGGUUCAACUAUUCUUAUGUCUGUCGCACAUUACAGGUCACUGUAUGAACUUGAGAUCGUCAAGUUACUAAUAGAUUCUGGAGUGGAUCCUAAUGUUCAAGAUAAUCGUGGUUGGACCGCUGUAAUGGAAGCAGCAAGUAAAUCCAAUAAGGAAAUGAUAGAAAUGUUAUUAGCUGUAGGUGCAGAUGUUAAUAUGAAAGAUAAAAAUGGUCGCACCGCUGUCAGCUGUUCUUGUUAUCGACGGAAUGUUGUAAAAUUGCUUCUACUAGAAGGAAGAAACCAAUCUAUGUAUAUUGAUAGGAUGAUGAUGGAUAGUUUUGUUUUUUUUAAGGAAACUGAAUUAUUGUGGUUUUUGGUGACAGAUAACCAUUCUUUUGCCACAAUGAUAAUACCACAUGAUAAAGAAGCAUGUGCAAUCUUUCAAACAGGGGAUACAUUAUCACUGGUGAAAAUCUUGUACCAAAGUGGUGUGAGGUUAAAUCCAAAUUAUACAUAUUUCUUAGAAGAAGAAGAUGAAAAGAAACAAUGGAAGAAUGGGAAGCAAAUAACACAUAUUUGCGGACCAGAUGGUGAUGACCUGGUACAGUUUAGAAUGUUCAGUAAUAACUUAUCACUUAAAUCACGAUGUGUUCGUGUUAUUCGGGACUGUAUUGGGUGUGGAAUAAGAAGUAAAAUUCACGAACUGAAAAUACCAGAAAUAUUAAAAAAAAAUAUUUUACUUAGAGUUGUCAUACCAGAGAAAUAUUUCAAACUGAUAAUAGAUAAUAAUAAUGACCUUGAAAUACCAGUUUUGUCUAGAGGACGGCCUAGAAGUUUCAGGACAUUUGUAGAACGGGGCGGUCGCUUCCGAUAAGUAAUAGGAAAACAAACACAGGGCAUGUAUUGUCUAUGGACUUUGAAUGGUAUUACCCUUUACGGUCGAUGGUAUUUUAAUAAUGAAUUCAUACUGUUGGAAUAUCUUAAGUAUGCAUUAUGUAAGAUUUAGAUAAACAGAGCCGGUGAAUCUUGCUAUAAUAAAUCAAAAUUAGAUAAUGAAAAAUGAAUAUACUGAAAAUUUCAGUCAAAUUGCUGUACUCUGUGCAAAGUUAUGAAUGUUUUGAAUUUUAAACAAAAUGCAGUGAAGAUUUUUAUUAUUGUAGCAUCAGUACAUUGUAGACAAUACAGACUAUGUCUCAAUUAUCUAUUUUACUGUUAAACUAUAAAAUGGCCACAGUGUUUUUUAAUCUACUUAAAAUAGGAGCUACCUGAUGAGCCAGACAGUUGAUUAUGGGCUUGUCAUGUUAAUAAAUGUUUAAAGGGCCAAUCCCGAUAAUAUUUUGGAGAAUAAAACUUCGUAAUUUUAUGUUAAAAUCCCUUAAAAUCCUCUAUCUCAGGGUCGAGCAAAUAACUCAAUGUGAUACGUUUUCAAACAACUUAAACCCGUCAAUCUUCAUCUGGAAAUGGAGAUCGGUGUCCUAAGCUGUAUUAUGCGGUGUGUCUGGAUAAAACCAGACUUUUAUUUUAUAAAAAUAAUGUGUAGGUGAAAUUUACCUUUCAUUAUCAAGUCCACACAUGGGUCAUUCACUGUAUGGACUUCUAAAGGACCCGGAAUCGAUUAUCAGGUUACCCAACGAAAAAAUUGAACCGAUAUCUUAAAAUGGUUACGUGUCCGGAUAAGCAGUUUUGAUGUUCACAUCCAAACGACUCAAUAUUUUGAGCAGAAAUUUUGAGACAAGGUAAAUAUACCAUUCCUCUAUAUUUUGGCUCUUAAAUUUCAUACGUACUCAGACUUUCAUUUUUGAGACCCUGUUCAAAUUGGGAUAAUUCUUUUAAAUAAUAAUUUAUAUAACAUUUGAAGCCAGAAAAAAGGACCUGCAAUAAGUAGAUUUAGCACUUACAUAAUUAACUUAAUUUUUCUUUAAUCUAGUGGAAUUUAUGAUUUUUAUGAUAUUUUUCAAUCUAAUUUUAUGAUAUUUUUAUGAUAUUUUUCAAUCUAAUUUUAUGAUAUUUUAAUAAUGUUUUCAUCAAAUUCCAUGACUUUAUGUUUUUAUCAUUAUCAAAUAUUAUGAUAUUUUUUAUAUAUCUGCACUGACAAUAAAUGACUUAUCUCUAGCCUAUGAAGUAGUAUUCAGUCAGUAUUAUGCGGAUAAGAACCUCCCACCAGUAACACUGGUGGUAUUAAUGGUCGCAGUCAUCUUCUCCUAUGUUCAUAUACCCACAUAACAUUGACUUAACACUGUCAAAUAGAAAAUUAAAGCAACAAGCUUGGGGUCAUAAAAUGCCUGGAUGAUUUUCUUAUUCAUAUUCAAGUUUAUUAGUAUAGAAAUUUAUUAUUGGGAGUAGUGAUUUAUGUGUAAUUCUAUAUUUUGAAAUUUUUUCGUCUUAUUUUAUGUAUAAUUUUAUAUUUGAAAUUUUUUUCGUCUUAUGUUAUUCUAAUUUUAUGAGAAAUAGAGAAAUUUUAUAUUUUUUAAUGAUAUAUUUCCAUUUUAUAAUAAUUUUAUGAGAAAUGAGGAAAUUUUAUGAAAAUAUGAAUGUUUUUAUAUUGUACGGUCCCUGGAUCAAUUUAAUAAAAUCCAUUAAUUAGAAGACAAAAUCGAAACAGCAGUAAAUUUAAAACAGUAAAAUUGACGGAUUAUGUAUUUUGAUUUUCAAUUCACAUGUAAAUUUCAAUUAAUGUGUAAUUUUUAUACAUGUAUGUUCAAUUUAUAUGUAACUAGAAGAAUGCCCGGCUUUGUUCGGGGGUCAUAACCCCGAAACCAGAAGUGGUAGACUAACGCCACCUGGCCUAUGUUACUCCCCGGUCCGAGGUACCCCUAUACCCCAAAUUUCAGACUCAGGGCAGACCUAGUGUAGCCGCCAACCCCGAACAGACAGACAGACAGACAAAUGACAGUCACAAAUAUUAGUAUAGAUUUGUUCAAUUUAUAUGUAAUUUAUUUAUAUGUAAUUUGUUCAAUUUAUAUGUAAUUUGUUCAAUUUAUAUGUAAUUUGUUCAAUUUAUAUGUAAUUUUUAUGUAAUUGUCAAUUCAUAUAUAAUUUUCAAUUUAUAUUUGUAAACCUAUUGUAAUUCACAAAAAUUCCUUAUACAAGCCA